AUGGAAGUUUAUCAAAAUGGUGAUGAUGUGUUUGAUGCAAUUGUAAUUGAUCAACAAAGAAAUCAAAUAAUUAUUGGAGCAAAAAAUGCAAUAAUACGUUUAUCAAUUGAUGAUUUUCAUGUAUUAGAAAGAUUUCAAUGGGAAUCAUCAAUAAAUGAAAUAAAUAUUUGUCGUAGUCAAAUGAAAUCAAGUAAUGAAUGUGAGAAUUAUAUUCGUGUCUUAGCUCUUCGUUCUUCUGAUCAAUUAUUAUUAACUUGUGGUACAAAUUCUUAUCAACCAAUUUGUAUAUGGCGUCAACCAGAUUCACUUUCAACAAUUAUUUCAAAUGAAAAAUUUAUUCCUGGUGAUGGAAAAUCUCCAUAUAAUAGUCAAUAUUCAUCAGUAUACAAUCUUAUUGAUACAGGUGAAUUAUAUUCUGCUACAAGUAAUGAACCAUUAUUUGGUAUUAAUGAUCCAUUAAUACAAAAAAGUUUUAGUCAAAAUAAACAAUUACGAACACAACAACAUGAUUCAAAUUGGUUAAAAAAUCCAUAUUUUGUUCGAAUAUUAAAUAUUGGACAAUAUAUUUAUACAUUUUUUCGUGAAAUAUCUCUUGAACAUCUUUCAUGUGGCACAAAUGUUUAUUCUCGUAUUGCACGUGUAUGUAAAUAUGACGAUGGUAUGAUGAAAUAUAGUGAUACAUUUCGUUCAUAUUCAAAAUUACGUUUAUCAUGUUCGAAAAAAUUAUUAAAUGAAAUAACAUCAUUUGAUUUUAAUGAAUUACAAUCAAUUUAUUAUGAUUCAGCAUUAAAUUUUAUUUAUGGAGCAUUUAAUUUACAAAAAAGUGGUUUAGUGGGAUCAGCUAUUUGUAUUUAUACAGUUGAUGAACUUGAAAGUGUUUUUAAAUCAUCCUUUCUAACACAAAAAUCUAAUGAAUCAUAUUGGUUACCAUCUUCGAUGAAACAAGAAGCAGAAAAAUGUGAAUCAAAUCAAUCAAAUAACAUUUCAUCAAUUCCAUUAGGACCUGUACUUCGAUCAGGUGUUCUUCAAUCAUCAUUUGAUGCACUCGUGUUCGAUGAUAUUCAUAUUGGUCAUUUAUUAGUUGAUCAAUUGAAUGAUAUAACUAUUUUAUUGGUUAUUACGUUGGAUGGUUUAUGGUUAAGAAAAUAUUCAUUAUUACUUGAUAGAAAACUAUGUUUAAUUGAACAAAUUCAAUUAAAAUCACCGAUGAUAUCAGCAAAUUCAUGGAAAAUAAAUAAAGCAGAAUUUAUUUCGAAAACCAAAGAAAUUGUUAUAACAACUUCAAUAUCUGUAUUAAAAAUAUCUGUUGCACGUUGUAAUCGUUUUAAUACAAGUUAUCUUUGUUCUGCAUCAAUGGAUCCAUAUUGUACAUGGAAUAAUCAUUAUCAACGAUGUAUUUUAUCUACUGAAUCAUCAUCAUCGAGCAUUUCUUAUCAAUCAUUAACAUGUCCAAAUUUGAAUAUUACAAUUGAUGGUGGUUGGACAUCUUGGUCAUCAUGGUUUCUAUGUGAACAAGAUACAGGUGAAAAAUGCCAUUGUCGUAUGAGAUCAUGUACACAACCGAAACCACAAUAUAAUGGAAAAUUCUGUCAAGGAAAUCAAAUUGAAAUAAAUCGAUGUGAAGUUCAUGGUGGUUGGUCACCAUGGAGUGAUUGGAGUAUAUGUCCGCAAAUAUGUGGUAAAAUAUUUCGAUCAAGAACACGAACUUGUACUAAUCCUGAACCGAAAAAUAAUGGAAGAAUUUGUAUUGGAUCUGAACGUGAAGAAGAACCAUGUCCGGAAAUAAUCUGUUCAAGUGAAACUUCAAGAUUAAGUACUUGGAGUGAAUGGAGUUUAUGUUCAAAAGUAUGUGGAGGAGGAAUACAAAAACGAAGACGAACAUGUUUAAAUAAUAAUGGAAUAUGUAAUGAAUGUUUAGAUGAAAUACGUAUAUGUAAUGAAUUACCUUGUCCAAUUGAACAAACGACAAUGUGGAGUAAUUGGACGAGAAUUAUAUCGAACGAUGAUGAAUUAAAUAAUGAUGAUAUGAUAAGAGAAAUACGUAAUCGAUUUGUUUGUACAAUACCUUUGACAACUGAUCAACAAUCGUUAGUAAUCAAAUCAGAUAAGAUUAUGUAUAGAAUAUGUGAUCAUAAUGGAAAUUAUUGUCAAGAAAGAGAUUCACUUGGUCAAUGGUCUCAAUGGUCUCAUUGGAGUGAAUGUUAUCCAUCUUGUGGUAUUGCUGGAUCAAUUCAAACACGUCGUCGUACAUGUUUAGAUAAUCAAUGUAUUGGUAAAAAUAUUGAAAAACGUGAUUGUUCAUUUUGUUCAUCACAAUUAAAAAGUAAUUGGUCUUGUUGGACAGAUUGGUCUGAAUGUUCUUUAUGUACAUCUACACAAUCAUAUUCAACUAAAUUUCGUACUCGUAUAUGUUUGACAAAUACAUGUAAUGGUUUAUCACGUGAAGAACGUUCAUGUUUAUGUCCAUCAUAUUUUCCAUUUUUUAAUGAUUAUCGUUUUACAUUAAUUCAUCUGGUCUUAAUGAGUUUAAUAUCGUUUUUAAUGGGUUGUUUAGUAAUACUUUGUGUAUAUGGAUUAUAUUAUCAUCAUCAUCAAUAUCGUGAUAAAUAUUUUCAAAGAUCAACAUCAAAUUCUUCAUCAAGUCCACAUACAGCUAUUGAUUCAGAUACAUUUACAACAUUAUCAAAUACAAAUAAUAAUCAAAUUAAAUUUCGACAUUUUGAUUCAGGAUCAAUAUCAGCAACAGAUAUUAAUAAUUAUCUUAAAGAUAUUCCAUCAAGAAAAUUAAAUAUGUAUAUUAAUCCAAGAGAUAUAGUUCUAACACCACCACCACCACCAUUAGUAACAUUAAAAAGAACAUCAUUAAUGUCAUCAAUGAAAACAAAUCUUGAUGCUGAUGAUAUUUAA